AUGGAUGGAACUCCCUUCGACUCUUCUUACGACCGUGGCACUCCAAUCACAUUUCAAUUGGGUGCUGGGCGUGUUAUCCAGGGCUGGGAGCAAGGUAUCAAAGACAUGUGUAUUGGAGAGAAGAGAAAGUUGACUAUUCCAUCCAGUUUGGGCUACGGCUCCCGUGGUGUUGGUCCAAUUCCUGCCAACUCCGAUCUUUGUAUGUAUAAUUGGUUGGGUUCUUAG